AUGCAGUCCAAACGGGAGUGUGAGCAAUGGUGUGAAAGAGUGAAUCCUGAGAACAAGGCGGCCUUGGAGGCAUGGGUUAGAGAGACGGGCAUUCACCUGGUGCAGGUGAACGGGCAGAGGAAAUACGGCGGGCCACCCCCAGGCUGGGUGGGAAGCCCGCCGCCGGCUGGGUCAGAGGUGUUUAUCGGACGGCUGCCCCAGGACGUGUAUGAGCACCAGCUGAUUCCACUAUUCCAGCGCGUGGGCCGCCUCUACGAGUUCCGCCUAAUGAUGACCUUCAGCGGCCUGAACCGCGGCUUCGCCUACGCCCGCUAUAGCUCGCGGCGCGGCGCCCAGGCCGCCAUAGCCACGCUGCACAACCACCCGCUGCGGCCCUCCUGCCCGCUGCUGGUGUGCCGCAGCACUGAGAAGUGCGAGCUGAGCGUAGACGGGUUGCCGCCGGGCGUAAGCCGCCGCGCGCUAUUGCUUGCGCUGCAGCCGCUGGGUCUCGGCCUGCAGGAGGCGCUGCUGCUGCCCAGUCCCGGACCUGCGCCCGCACAGAUCGCGCUGCUGAAAUUCAGCUCGCACCGCGCAGCUGCCAUGGCCAAAAAGGCCCUGGUAGAAGGGCAAUCACGCCUCUGUGGAGAACAGGUGGCUGUGGAGUGGCUCAAGCCAGACCUGAAGCAGCGACUGCGCCAGCAGCUCAUGGGUCCCUCUAUGCGGUGCCUACAACCAGAUAGCAACCGACUAGCCCUGGCCAGGGACAAGCUAGGGUCCCAAGGGGCUAGAGCUGCCUUGCAGCUACUCUGCCAAAGAAUGAAGCUGGGUAGCCCAGUAUUCCUCACCAAGUGUUUGGGCACAGGACCUGCUGGCUGGCACCGUUUCUGGUACCAGGUAGUGAUCCCUGGACAUCCAGUGCCUUUCAGUGGCCUCAUCUGGGUUGUACUGGCUCCAGAUGAGCAGGACGGGCAUGAGGUGGCCAAGGAUGCUGUGUCUGCACGGCUGCUGGAGGCACUGAGUGAUUCUGGGGCCAGCUUCCUAUGGUAUGCUGGGGCUGAGGCAGGUGCUAUGGUUAAGCAGUGA